AUGGAGGAAGACAUGGCACCUUGGUUGAAACCUCAAAUCGAAGAAGAGUGGUACAUGAACAGUAUACCGCCUCAUACUGAAGAACUUAUCCCAAAUCUUCAAAACCACACUCAACAACAAAACAAUGUCGGUCCUUCAGAUCCAAACACUUCUGUUUUUAAGCACCAUUUAGGUUCCUCGUUUUCUUUGCCAUCACCUAAAUCCAAUUUCUCAAAUCUACUAAAUAUUAAUGACAACAUCAAUAUAAAUGGCUCCACCACCAACAACAAAAAUGACAACAACAACCCAUUCGGUAGUGUCUUCAAUUUAGAAUCCCAAGGUUUUUCUCAAACUCCAUUGUCAAUUCCGCGAUUAACCUUGACAUGGUUGAACGGAUUUGAGAAGAAGAUGAGAAAAGAUGAAAAUGGAGAGGUUGAGAAAGGAUUGAAUUACAACUCUAAUGAGAGCGUUGAUGCUGGGAAGAUGAGGAACCACGAGAAAAAUGCGGACAAUAAUUAUAACUCAAACACCAUCAUAGAUAAUUUUGAUGAUGAAAAUUGUGUUAGUGAGGGUGACCGAAAAGGGAAGAAGAAGGAAAAUCCAUCAAAGAGUCUCAUCGCUGAGAGGAAGCGAAGGAAGAAACUCAAGAAUAAUAUGCACAAGCUUCGUUCUGUUGUGCCAAAGAUUAGCAAGAUGGAUAAAGUUUCAAUACUUGGGGAUGCUGUUGACUACUUGAAGGAGUUAAAACAACAAAUUAAUGAUCUUCAAAGUGAGAUAAAAUCAAGCUCUCAUAAAUCAUUUAUGCCAUUGCCUAUGACAUCUACCAUGUCAACCCUUCCGGUUCAACUUAAAGAACAAUUAUUUCAAAACAAUGUAUCAAGCCUUAAAAACCAACCAGCAAAGGUAGAGGUUAGGGUAAAGGAAGGGGGGAUUGUCAACAUACAUAUAACUUGUGCUUCCAAACCAGGUGUUUUGGUCUCGACUAUGAUGGCAUUAGAUAGCCUUGGAUUGGAUGUUCAUCAGGCUAACAUAAGUUGUUUUAAUGAUUUUUCUCUAGAUGUGUUCAAAGUUGAGCAACACAAUAAAGACCAGGAGUUGGCCCCCGGGAAAAUAAAAGCGGUAUUGUUGAAGGCAUUAGAUUCCCAUUAA